CACGGCUUCUCGGCGGUUUGAGCGUAGCCAGCAGCGGUGCAUCAGGGGAUACAAAAUGUCUCCUAAGAAUGCGAGCUAAUGCUAAUUUACGAAAGAUAACUGCGAUUAAAUAUAUGUUUUACUCCUUUUUUUUCGAGCGGCUGUACUGUCAGAAUAUAUGUGAUAUUUUGAGUGUAUUCCGCUGAAGCCAUGUCAACGAAGGCUGAGUGCAGAGUGUCCACCUCCAGCUCCAGAACCGAUGAAAGGAGGAGAUCAACAAGCAGAGCACGAGAAAAAAAGCGGAAGCGCAGCCGUAGUAGAUCUUCCUCAUCAUCCUCUUCUAGUUCAUCUUCUUCAUCAUCAUCAUCUUCAUCCUCAUCAUCAUCCUCUCCAUCAAGUUCAUCACACUCAUCCAGCCGCAGUCGAAGCAGCUCUAGCAGCAGUGACUCCCGCAGUAAAUCCAGAAAGCAGUCUAAGAAAAGGAAAAAGGAGAAACAACACAAAAAAAAAGGGAAGAAAGAGAAGCGGCAUAAACGGAAAAAAGACAAGAAAGCAAAAGGAGAAGAAAACUCGGGACCUGUACAGAUCUCCAAGUACUUGAAAGACAGGAAAAAAGGCAAGUACAGCAUGAUUUCAGGGAAGAAAAUAAAGAUGAAAGUAAAGAAGUCAAAGAAAGACAAACAGCGGGAUAAAAAUCGGGCAGAACUUCUUGAGUUCUUGAACUCUACCCUGUGAUGCAACUGUGGACGCAAGUAGCGGUGAUUGGGCUCAGACAUCUCAGCAGAGCUCAGGAAACAACUCAAAAAUGAAGAGUUUUUCCGAGGAAGAGAUGAAGAAUACGACUUGAAUCGACACACAUGGGCAGCACUGAGCCAGAUCAAGAGUAAGGAGCUGUAUCUCUCUCAGAAAAGUUAGAUGCUGCUGUCCAGGUUCCCAGUUCCUCAACAUUUACUCCGAUAGCUUUUGGGACACGAGAAGAGUUUAUGUUGAACGGUGUCAUCUAAGAUUUAAUCUGUGGCCAAAUAGAUCAUAUGAACGUGAAACCUGUCAUCAGACAGCAUCAGUGUUGAAAGUGGGUGAACUUGAAGUGAUUGGCUUCUCAACGUUGCUUGUGGUUUGAAUGUAUGGCCACCUCUUUAAAAGAGGACUCCACCGAUUUAGCAUUGCACUCCUGUAACAUUGAUGGACUCAACAUGGACACUUUUUAUAAAAAAAAA